CCGUUUGCCGACUGACAGAAACACAAACGCCCUUGCGCAGUACACAGACGAGUCAGCAUAAGCACUUGACCGUCGGUAAUAGAUACGCAAAGGAAAGACAACCUUUUUAUACGCGGGCAAAGAAAGAGUGUACACUUGAGCUGAUUGACAUGGAUUGUGUAACGGCAAACACCAUCUCAAGAUUAAUUGUGUUUUAAUGCAGUAUCUCCACUCUUCGAGAGCGUCUGGAUCUUUUGCGAAUUACCAAGAUUAAGUUUAGGGUCACAACUGGGUGCAACAAUUCACUAGUCAAUUAAAAUAACAAGCAAGUUUUUCAGAGCCGAUCGUAUUUUAAUGAGAAUCUGUCUGUUGGUUUUGGUGCUCAGAAAUACAAACGAGGAAAGUCGCAAGGCUUGGGGAUUUUGCCAAGAGGCCAGUGAAGUAAUCUUAGGUCAGAAAUUCAGUCAGAGACUAAGCAGCCACUCGAAGGAGGCUUACUGAGAAGAUAGAAUCUGUACAGCAGAGAAGAAGCAUUAGCUUUCCAUUCACAGCGCUAGCUGGAUCCUUGAAAAGAAAACUGUGCAUUUAAUAUAGCGUCCUCGCUUUGCGUCGGAAGAGCCUUUCUUUGAAUUGAGAAACUGUUGUGAGCGCAGUGUCUGGGUUCAUCUUAAUAAAGUCUCUCAACAAGUAAACGCGAAGUGCCAGCUCAAAGAGAGCGACUGAGUAUUCACAAGACAAAUCGAAGCAGGCUUAGAAUUGGCAGCUUUGUUGGCAGAAGGGUCACAGAAUUGUAAUUUGUUAGCAAUGGCGUUGGUAAACCCACCAGUUACAAGCGUGGAUCACAACUGUGACAAGACGAUUGGGGAAAACGAAACGAUACGAGAUGAAAAAGACCAGGCCAUAGAACCUAUUCAAGAUCAAGAAAAGUCAGCUCAGUCGUUUUCAGAAGAUUGUGGGAUUGAUCAUAGGCUUCGCAGACAAAGAACACAUUUCACUGUCAAUCAAUUACAAAAACUUGAAGCUUGCUUUGCCAGGAAUAGAUACCCCGAUAUGGCUAUGAGAGAAGAUAUUGCCCAAUGGACGGCCCUCACUGAAUCACGUGUCAGGAUCUGGUUUAAGAAUCGCCGUGCCAAGUGGAGAAAGAAAGAGCGCCAUCUUGAAAGGCCAGACAUGUUUAAUUUUGCAACGCGAUUGGAUUCAGCAUGCGCGUUUGACCGCAGACCACAGUAUUCGUCGUCCGUCUACGGUGUGCCAAACUAUUCUCCUUGCUCCAGCUCUGAUUACAGCCGAAAUGGUCAUUAUUACCCGCAAAAUUCCCAUUGGUACUUGGAUUAUCAAAAGAGCACUUCUCCUUCGUGGUACUCGUCCCAGUAUAGUGACUUGUCAAGAAUCAGUGGGUCAUACUCGUGCCAACAAGCCCCAUCUUUAUUGCGUAAUAACGAGAUGCUUAGUCUGCCAUUGACUCCUACUACCCCUGUUUUUCAGCAAAACACCUCGUACCCUUAGAUUACCAGCAUUUUUUUCUUUGUAGAUUCAUUUUGAUUCAAUUGACUCGAAGUCAUCAUCAGAUUUAAUCGUCAGCACCGGAUUGUAGAAAUUCGUAAAGGAUAGCUUAGAAUGCUUGAGUCGUUGUAUAUUUAAAUUAGAUAUUAACCUUUAUACCGGAACACAAGGAAGAAAAGAAAUCCUGAAAGACUAGAAAGAAAAGACUAGAGCAGCUCGGUCCCUUUGAGAUCGAUAUGGGAGUGUUUUGAUUAGUAUGGGUUUUUAUAAGGGCAGCAAGGGGCACUGUCAGCCAAAGGAGGUACGGAGAAUGCCUUCAUAUGCUUGCACCAUGACGUCAUAUGCCCGCACCUUGUAUGUGUACAGUUGCUAAAUCAGCAUUGUAUUUCAGUAGGGUUGUCAAGAACGGACUUAAAAACGAUUUUUUAUCUAUGUUAAUUCGUCAAAAACCUCAUCAAAGAUUUUUUGCCUUGUUACUUAGUUGGCAUAACGGCCCCAGUACAUUUUUUGAUUGACAUGUUGGUAGCUUAUAAUAGAGAUGAGAUCUCGUAGUGGUUCUCUACCCGUCAGUAAAGUUUUUGUGACGUUAAAUCGUUUUCUUACGUUUGUUUAGGAAGAAACUGUAAUUAUAUUGAAGCACCUAGUUGGAAAAAGCACGUGUUGAUUUUUCAUAAAUGGAUGUUAAUAAUGAUUCUGAAGAUGUUAACAUCGAUUGUUUAUCGGUUA